AAAAACAUUCCAAUAAUACUGUAAUAGUGUGGCAUAUGAUAGACCCAACAACGCAUUGCUACUGUAGCGUAUCAAUAGUUCAAUAGUUGGGUGGUAAAACUCUUAAUUGACCUCGAGAAGAUUUGUCAGAAUAAUAGUUGAUUUCAAACUGGAAUGAGUCGUUUUGAAUAAUACGGAUAUAACUAAAGGAUCAAUUCAAGGGUGGCGAGUGAAAGAGAAAUUGUGCACCAACUCAAUCUGUCAACAUGAAUGAUUCCGACUUUACCAACUACACUGAUCUUUUCACCAAUACCACAGAAACCGACAUGCCAGGAUAUUGGGCGGCCAGGGUAGGAUUUAAUGCUAUAGGAGGAACUGCUAUCGCCAUAUUUGGACUGAUUGGAAACGUUAUAUCUAUUAUAGUUCUUAUGAACUACAAACAAAAGUCAUCCACGCCUUUACUCUUGACUUUUCUAGCCGUAUUUGAUACCAUUUUUCUGUUUUUCGAAUUGUUUUUGGAACAGCUGACCAUGUUGAGUAAAUUUGGCCUGAUUACCGCAGCCUAUCGACCAUUUAUUACCCCAAUAUAUGUGUUAUUUAUUGCUGUACCAAGAAUCGCAUUUACUGGAACCAUGACAAUGACAAUUUUGAUUACCAUAGAACGAUUUGUUGCAGUAGUACAUCCAUUAAGAGCAGCAAGAUUGUGUUGUAAAUCAAUGGCACGAAAAGCCAUCGUGUGCGUGUUUAUAUGGGCUGUUGUAUUUAACAUUCCUCGGUAUCUGGCUUAUACAACCUAUGAAAAAUUUGACCCCAAAACUAACACCACCAGAACAAAAUUUAUUCGCACAAAAUUUGGAGAAAGUAAUCUUUAUAAUGAUAUCUUUAUCAUCUGGAUAACUUUUACACUGGAAUUUUUAAUACCAUUCAUUAUCAUUCUUGCAUUAAAUGCGCAGCUUCUAUUAGCCAUUAGACGAAGUCGUGCAUUUGCUCCAAAAAGUCAGAAAGAAAAAAAAUCUGGUGGACGACUGAACGCCAUGGUACUUGCUGUGACUACCAUGUUUUUUCUUUGUGGAAUGAUGUCGGCAUCUGCUCUGAUAUUGGCACGUGGUGUUAAUAAAUACGAAGAUUGCUCUGUCGCUUGUAAUAACUAUAUAGCUGUCGCGGAUACAAUGUUAAUAAUUAACUCUUCCGUUAAUAUCAUUCUUUACUGUGUAGUUGGGAAACAAUUCAGAACUAUUUUCAUGAACGUAUUUUGUAGCAGACGAAGAAGCACUUCUUAUCCACUUUCAGUUAAGUCAAACACUAAAACAACUUCGUUUUCAGGCUAAAAUGAAAAUUUGUGGCUUUUCUUUUUUUCAUUAAUUCUAGAUGCAUUAUGUUAGAUUUGGAUAGUCCUUCUUGCUAUAAUAGUUCCAAAAAAGAAAAUGAAUAUCUUGAAAAUUCAGUCAAAUUACUUUACUCAGGAUGAAGUUGUGAGUAUUGACAAGUUUUGACAAGAUAGUCUCGAUUGUCAAGUGCCAUUACUACGAUCAUAAACAAUGUUUCGAUUAUCCAUUUAGAUGUUUAAUGGCGCGGUUGUCUUAGUCCAUAUAAUAUCUCGACCAUCCAAUUGUCUAGAGAGGUGAACAAAUGUCUAAAUAAUAAUUUAUUUGACAUUUGAAGCCAGAAAAAAACGCAUAUUUAGCUUUUACCUAAUGUAUUUUUAAUAUGUAUAUAUUGAUUCAAUUCUGAAACUUCAUUUCAUCAAGCAACGUCAUCUGUGUCGAUAUAUCUAAUUUCAAAUCGUUUUUUAUUAUUUGCAUAAUAUUAUUAUAUAUCAUAUUAUAUAUCUGAUUUGAAACUUUUCAUAUCUAAAUUGACAUCCAUGUCAUUAUAGUCAAUAAUAGAAAAUGGUACAUUUGGGAUUUAUGUUAUUCAAAAUGUAAUUGGUAAUUGUAUACUCUUCAAAAAAAAGUAGGGGAUAUUCAGAAACAAUACAAAACUGCGGAAAUGCACUGCUGUUUUUAUUAGAGGUAACCAGUGUAUGUUAAUAAUAGGCCAAUUGCCUACACAUUAACAUAAACAGUUCAUAUGGGCGGCUUAUCUAACGGCCCCAUUUCACUCGCAAAGAGAUACACUGUCAAAUGUGAAAAUGGACGUUUUUGAUUUUUGUCUUGAUAAUGAGUAAUUGCUCCACCAGUCCUCAGACAUUCAGCAAUUCGUCGUGGCAUGUCCUAAUCAACCGUCCAAUCACGAUUUGGGGCAAUCUGACCCACUCCUCUUGCAGUGCCACGGCCAAUUCUUGCAGUGUUGUCGGUUGACGUUGACGAACACGUCUCCCGAUCAAAUUAAACGUAACACACUAAAGUAAAGAUACGUUAAACAGUAAAUCUUAUGCAUAAACCGAUAGGAAAGCAAACAUGGAUAGGAUAAACCAGCAAGCUGCAGUUUUUAUCAACCCUUCCUUGAAGUGUCAAAUUUGGCAGUGAACCCCUCCCAAGGGUAUGGCGCUAUUGCGUGUCACAUGUGCAGCUCGGUGGUUCUUUGAACAUACUCUCAAAGCAUGUCAAGUGUCCAUGAGUAUUUAUCAUAUCACAACCUGCAUAGGUAUUUGCAUUUCAAUAUCCCCUACUUCUUUUAAAGAGUAUAUAUAAGCAAGCAUGGUGAGGGGUACGUGUCAGUGCUGGAUAACAUUAUUCUAAACACGAUAUCUGUUAAGACUUUAUUCCUUUUGCAGUAUUAUUUCAUUUUUAUUGACGGUAGUAUGUAUAUGAUUCUAAUUUAUACUGUAAUGUUAUACUAUGUUGCUCGACAGAUUGGCGGUUAAAAUGUGAGAGGUUAUUCGGAAUACACACUGGCGCCAGAAUAUGGAUAUUCAACAUUAUUAAGAUUGUAUUCUAGACCAUAUCCAUUUAUAGGAAUCGGUGUAGAUCAAUCAUGUUCCCAACCUUUACUCGAACCUUGAGUUCAGAAUAUUUCUGUAAUUGACAUAACAGUAUGAUGUAUCUGCGGGAAUAUAUACCCUGUGAUUUAUAUCUGAAAUGUGAAUAGAGAUUUAUUUCUGCUUUAAAGUUCUGCUUCAUUGAAAAAUCAUUCGAUGUUGUUUUUCUAAAUACAGACAUAAUUGAAUGUCACAAUACGUACUGUUGUAUAAAUUGAUAAUGCUCACAAAAUAAUUUUUAUAUUAUUUACAGUAACUUUUGUUUUCGGAGGAAAGGACAGCAACUUUAAUACUUGCCGAAUAAUUGUGUCGUACUUAACGUGGCAAGACUAAUAAGUUUAACCAAAUCAAACUAUAAAGUUUCUCCCAAAUGUCUUUACAAUGUUUCACACAAGAUAUUUGAUUUAAAAAAUCCAAAACCCUGUGUGCGUAACAUAUUUACAAGUCAGAGGCAAGGGCUAUAACGUUGUAGAUAAUUGCGUAAAUGUACAUUUAUGCUUAUUGUGGUAUAAUAAUUAUACCAUAUUUUUGGGAACAAAUCAAAAUAUAAACGAAAUUAACAUAGUUUGCAAUGAAUCCUUACCUAUUGUGACGAACAUAAUGUAUCCCAAUGAUUCAUUCAAUCAACCCAUAAAGUAUUGGAAUAUGGUGUUCCCCAAGGACCAGUCUUUGGUACUGCCGUUUUCAGUAAUUAACCGGGGCAAGCCUCAAAUUACAAACUCUAUGCGGAUGCCACUUGUUGGUUCGUUCCUAGAGUUUUACGUCCACUUCCACCUAAGGUGAUAUCGUAGACAAGGAUGCCACUCAGUUAUAUACUUAAAACCAAUAACUAUCGGAAAUAUUCUGUAAGUCCUUGGGACUGUGUUCGUAACCUUGGUUUGUGUUAAUCAAUGUUUUUGUUAUGUUGUCUGUUUUCGGCUGUAACUCUUUAUUAUAUUCCCUUCAAUUC